AUGGCUGCUCUCCCAAUGCUCUCUCUGAAGGAAGCCGGCGAAACGAAAAAGAUGACGGCCAAUCUGCUGCCCUGCCGCAUCCAUCACGACGGCUCAAUCGACCCCGUCGGCGCAUACUGGAUGCCCGUGGACAGCACCGACAAUAGCAAAGAAGCAUACUUUCGCGGCCGAAAACUAAAGGGCAAGACGCUGCCCCUGCCCGAAGGCUACCGGGGUGUAGUCGUGGAGCGCACUGCCGACGAGUUGAAAAAGGAAACAAAACUGCCCGAAGACGACCAAGAAGACAAUGGAGACGAUGUCGUCGCCAUGGAGACUAUUGGAACGAUGCAGACCACGGGCGAGUUUGACGAGAUGGUGAUUUGGUCCCACGAGUCCAUGGCCUCGGCGGCGGCAGACCCCUACGUGCGAAGCGUUGAGGAGUGGCUACAAGUAUCCGGAAAGAUUCACAGCUUUGAGGACGAGACGAGCGGCAAGACGAAAUAA